UUCCCCCCGAUAUGAGCCCAAAAGGUCCAUCAACUUGCUCCUUUAAAAACGCUUCCUCCUUCCAAUGGAGCCCUAGCCCUACAUUUUCACAGCAGCGGCGGAGCAGACCAGUUUCAGAUCUCUCUUCCUUCAGAGAUUUUGCCCAAAACGAUGUCGGUUGGAGAGCUUGCUGCCGUUUACGCAUGUCUUGCCCUCCACGAUGAUGGCAUUCCCAUUACUGCAGAGAAAAUUUCGACAUUGGUGAAAGCAGCUAAUGUUCCAGUGGAACCUUAUUGGCCACUCUUGUUCGCAAAGUUGGUGGAGAAGAGAAGUAUUGAGGAUCUCAUAACUAAUGUGGGCUCUGGUGGUGGUGGUGGUGCUGUGGCUGUUGCUGCCCCUACUUCUGGUGGUGGUGGUGGAGCUGCUGCUCCUCCUCCAGUUGAGGAGAAGAAGGAAGAACCCAAGGAAGAGAGUGAUGAUGACAUGGGCUUUAGCUUGUUUGAUUAGGAGCUUUUGAUUUGGUUUGUCGCUAGUUUAGUCCUGUGUUAAAUCUUCUUUUAGGGUUUUUAUGCAGGCUAGAAAUAGAUUUACUCUUGUGAGAGGAAGUAUCAAGAAGUCUGGCUGUUUCAACUUUUUAUGUGUGUUGACUGUUUCUGGUAUAAGUAAUUAAAGCCAAUUUUGCCUCAUA